CACCAGCAGCAUUUCCAGCACUCUUGACUCUAGUCUCUGAAUGGUCUGAAUAGUGCUUGAUUGCUAUAGAGACUGAAGUAGUGGAGAAACUUUGGUUAUAGAUCUAGAAAUCUAUAUAAUUUUAAUUUUAAGCCCAGCAGAGCAAGUUUUUUAGUACUUGUGGAUCAAAUUCCGUACUGGGUAGCUAUUUCAUCAAUGUGGAGAAGGAAGUUGCUUUCCCAGAGAACAGCUUUGCUGAGACUCCUGUUUCCUUCGAGUGGGUCAAAAGUCCGAGUGGUGCUGGUUUCCAGGGGCACAGCUGAUCAUUUUAAUCUGUAUGGGACAAACAACUUUUCAUUUUCAAAUAAAUUCUGUGUCUCUGCUACAAUGACUGACAUCACACUGAAAGGUGAAUCUGUACCGGAUGUUGAGAAUAACAACAGUGAGCCAGAGCUUGUAUCAAGUACAGCAGCCAUGGCCUCCACGAAUUCAAGUGAAACAUCUCUCCCUUCUGCAGCAAAACCAGGUCCUGAUGGAACCCCAGUGGAACAACCUUUGUCAAGGAGGGCACAAAAAAAACGACUGAGAGCGCAGCAACACAGGCAACUUAAAAUGAAAAGGAAGGCGAAAAAUCUUCAAGUUGCUCAAAAGGAAGAUGCUGGCUACAACAUUGAAGACUUUGAGCAGUCGGAAUAUUAUUUUGAGAAUGGUUUGCGUAAAGUUUAUCCAUAUCAGUAUGUGUUUGCAACAUAUGCUAAAGGCCGAUGGGUAAAGCGUCAACUUCAGGAAGUCUUGGCUAAGGAAUUUGGAUAUGACCAUCCAGAUGAGCUGAAACAGGCAUUUGAAGGUGGCAGGAUUCACGUGAAUAAUCAAAGGGUAUCUGUGGACCAUGUUGUUCAGGACUGUGAUUACAUCUCUCACAGAACCCACAGACAUGAAAAUCCAGUGACUGCAGCUCGCAUUGAAGUCAUAGAGGACACGGAGAAUCUACUUGUGGUCAAUAAGCCCUCAUCAAUCCCGUGCCAUCCGUGUGGGCGUUACAGGUUCAAUUCCAUCGUGUUCAUCCUGGGAAAAGAGCUUGGCUACACUAACCUCCGCAAUAUAUAUCGUUUGGACCGCCUCACAUCGGGUGUGCUGAUGCUGGGCAAGACUCCUGAGUACACGAAAGUGCUGGAAGAUCAAGUGGCCAACCGUGUCGUGGAGAAGGAGUAUGUGUGCCGGGUUGUCGGCAAGUUCCCAGAUGACCCUGUGACAGUGGAGCAACCCCUUCAGGCCCUGUCAAACAAGCUGCGUCUUCAGAUAGUGUCUCCCACUGGCAAGGCCAGCACCACACAUUUCAAGAGGCUGAGCUACAAUGGCACUUCAAGUGUUGUGAAAUGUUUUCCCAAGACAGGCCGCACCCAUCAGAUCCGUGUACAUCUUCAGUAUCUCGGUCACCCGAUAAUCAAUGAUUAUUUCUACAACAGCGAGGCCUGGGGCCCCAACAAAGGGAAAGAUGCGGACUAUGGAGUGGCCCAUGAUCAGGUGUGUGAGAGAAUUCUGUCAGAGCACUACGCAAACCUGUGGGAUGGUGGUGACAACCCACUGUACAAGGAGAAGUUUGGCGAUCUAGAGGAAAACAAAGAUGAGACUGCAGAUUCUGCAGAGCCGUUGAGCACUGAUUGCAGCUGUAUUGGGGAAGAAAAAACUGCAAACCCUGACUCUGAUGAACCUUUACCAAAACGUCCUCGGCUGACUGAUGUGGAAGUUAGUUGUCCUGUGGAGUCUGAUACUGGGCUGAACACCGCAGAGGCUGGUGUUUUAAAAUCAUCUACAGAUCAGCAGACGGUUGAGGGAGUGAAUGGUCUUACACCUUCAAAUGAGCAUCCUGUAACCAGUGCAUGCUGUAGAAAGGACAGUGGCCUGCCAGAGUUUGACGUUUCAAAGGUUUCUUUAGAAUUUGGAUGCAACUUGUGUAAGAGGAAGGGUCGAGAUCCAACUGAGAAACACUUGGUCAUGUUUCUACACGCCCUGAAGUACAAGGGGCCCGGCUGGCAAUACGAGACAACUCUCCCUGACUGGGCACAGCCUGACUGGAAUAAAGAAUCCGACUUCAUGUUGUAGCCCAAGCUACAGUGGGGGGAACCUGUGGGCAGCUCAUGGUCUCAAGCCAAGAAGGAUGACUGUUUCAGUGAUAUCUGGGUUGUUGUUUUUUAAACUCUGAAGUUUAUUUGAUCGGGUUGCAGUUUGUUGUUUUUGUCGUUGACAAUGAAGCUGUUUUCAUGGAUAGAAAGACCGGCAGGAUACAGAAGUCUUUUUGUUGUGUUCUUAUUUUGCUAUGCCCUUGUUUAGAAUACCAAAAAAAUAUACGUAUAGUUUAUUUAAGAAAAACUUUAACUCCUGAAAAAUUUGUUUGCUCUUGACAUGUUCACUAAGUGCAUGGUUGCUCCCUGCAUGCCAGAAGCUUCUUGCCCUUUGGCCUUGAAGUGGAAUAUAUAUGAGUGUUUUGCGACAAUGAAUGCUUUUAUUCAUCAAGACCAAAAUUUCCAGGAUGAAGUCUAAAAAAAUGUCCUGUUUAUUGAUUAGAAUCUAGUCUUGUGCCGAUUUUAUUUCUGUCAUCAUUUCUCAGUGGCAGGAGAUGUAAAUAUCGACCUCUUAUGAUUUGGGAUACAUUUAAGUAUUUUAAGCCCAUGACCAUCGUGUUCCUACUAAAAACUACCUUGCUGUGUGUUCAUCUGAAUGACUUUCAUUCUCUUGAUAGCCAAAAAUAACUUAAAGGAUGUCUCAGAAUCCUGUAAAAAGUGAAGGAGUUUGGUGGAAAAAAUAGGAGUUACCCAAACCAGUGUAAAUUAGAAUUCUGUAAUGGACAGAUCAUUGCAAAUGAAACAGUAAAUGAACCUGUGAUGAGCACAUUUAAAUGUGGGAACGAAUUGGGUAGGCCUACUGAAAAUAAUAAAUACUUGCAGUGCAUGUCACAGCAGUACAUACAUUAACCUCCUUAUGAACUAUUGUUGUAGGUGAAAGUAUGUACGUUUGCUUCUGCAUAUAUGUCUUAGUUGCAGGUAUGUCCUGUGCAUUGGUAAGACUAAGAAGAGCCUGUGCCAGUUUGUUUAUGUAUAGAGAACAGUUUUAAGCAACAUUGUAAGUUUUUACAAGACCGACAAAUAAAAAUCAAAGUUUAACCAAC